AUGCGUUCUAUUCUAAAAAAAAUUUUUAUUACAACCGGUAUCUUCUUCCUUAUCAAUAUCCUUCUAUUAUUAAGUCUGAAAGGUUUUCAUCCACCAAAUGGUAAACAUGAACCGAAAGCACCUAUAGAUAACCAGAUUAAUCCUAAAUUGCGACCAUUGGUUACUUCUGCAAUAUCACAUCUUACUUUAUCUGUAUUACCGAAAGCUGAUGUUGUUAUUCCUGUUGUUGUUUUUGGUUGUAAUCGACCACACGCUCUUCAAACACACAUUGAAACUCUUCUUCGAAUUCGUAAAGAUCCUGAAUUACAUCCAAUCAUAGCAAGUUUAGAUUGUCAGGAUGAAUCAACUAUACAAGUUGCUAAAGAUUUCGGUGACAAAAUUAAAGCAAUCAUCGAACUGCCCGAUCUUGGUCCAAUCCAUGUCCCUGAAAAGUUUAGUCAUAUGGCUGGAUAUUAUAAAAUAUCACGCCAUUACAAUUAUUCUAUCAAUUAUGUUCUUAAUAGACUUAAUUAUGAAGCAGUUAUUAUCACAGAAGAUGAUUUGGAAUUGUCACCAGAUUUUCUUGAUUAUUUUCAAGCACUCUAUCCAUUGUUAGUAUAUGAUAAAACUCUAUGGUGUAUAUCAGCGUGGAAUGAUAAUGGUAUUGAUAAAAAAAUUGUUCGAGAUUCAACUCUUCUUCAUCGUACUGAUUUUUUUCCUGGUCUUGGUUGGCUAUUGAAGAAAACGAUUUGGAACGAAAUAAAGGCUAAUUGGCCGGCAGGCUUUUGGGAUGAUUGGAUGCGAUUACCAGAACAACGACAUGAUCGUGCAUGUAUUCGUCCGGAAAUUUCACGUACAGCUAUGUCACCAGAUGGCAAGAAAGGAGUCAGUCAAGGUCAACACUAUGAUAGAUAUUUAAGAAAAAUUAUUAAAAACAAUGAUCCUGUUGAUUGGAAAUCAAUUGAUAUUAGUUAUCUUCUUAAAAAUCAAUAUGAUCCCGCAUUUCAAGCACGUAUUGAUGCUUGUCCAACUAUUACUUUAUCUGAUUUAGAUCAUUUAAAAAGUGACAUAAAAUGUGCUCAACUACGUUAUAGUAAUCAAAAAGAAUUUGUUAUCAUAGCUAAUACACUCGAAAUUAUGAAUGAUUUAAAGAGCGAUGUGCCUCGAACAGCUUAUCUUGGCGUUGUACAAUGUCAACAUGGUCAAACGACCAUCUAUGUCACAUCAAAUCGACGCCCAUGGAAAGGCUAUGGAUAA